UCAUGUGUUUUCCUAGGUUUCUUAUUGCCCACAGUGAGAAUGACCACCUCCUUCAGUUCAAAGCUGAAUAAAGCUGUAAAGCAGCAGUACAUGGACCUGCCACAAGGAGACAAAGUGCAGGCCAUGUACAUCUGGAUCGAUAGUUCAGGACAGGGUCUCCGCUGCAAAACCAGGACUCUGGAUUCUGAACCAAAAACUAUUGACGAACUCCCAGUGUGGAAUUGUUCUUUCCGUAAUAUGAACCAGACUGGAGGUUUAAGCAUUGAAAUGUACCUUAUACCAAAAACUAUGUUUAGAGACCCAUUCCGGAAGGACCCCAACAAGCUGGUUCUUUGUGAGGUCCUCGAGUCCAACAGGAAACCUGCAGAAGGUAACCAUCGUCGAAUGUGUGAAAAGAUUAUGAGCAUGGUGAAAGGCCAGCAUCCAUGGUUUGGAAUGGAGCAGGAGUACACACUACUUGCCAUCGACGGUCAUCCUUUUGGCUGGCCCUCGAACAGCUUCCCCGGACCACAAGGUCCUUAUACCUGUGGUGUGGGAGCGGAUAGAGCCUAUGGCAGAGACAUUGUCGAGGCCCAUUACAGAGCGUGUCUUUAUGCUGGGGUUAUGAUUUGUGGCACUAAUGCGGAAGCCAUGCCUGCACAGUGGGAAUUCCAAGUGGGUCCUUGUGAGGGCAUCACCAUGGGAGACCAGCUAUGGAUAGCACGUUUCAUCCUGCACAGGGUGUGUGAAGACUUUGGUGUUGUUGCCUCCUUUGACCCCAAACCCAUCCCAGGCAACUGGAAUGGUGCUGGCUGCCAUACCAACUUCAGCACCAAGAUCAUGAGAGAGGAGGGAGGCCUCAGGUAUAUUGAGGAAGCUAUUGAGCGUCUGAGCAAGAGGCACCACUACCACAUUCGUGUCUAUGACCCAAAAGGGGGGCUUGACAAUGCCAGACGUCUAACUGGCCACCAUAGCACCUCCAACAUCAACGAGUUCUCAGCUGGUGUGGCUAACCGUGGGGCCAGUAUCCGGAUCCCACACGCUGUGGGCCAGGAGAAACGAGGUUAUUUUGAGGAUCGCCGUCCCGCAGCUAACUGCGACCCAUAUGCUGUGACAGAAGCUCUUAUGUCUUCUUCAUGA